AUGGCAGACGCGCAUCAGGCGGGGCAACUGCCCCCACCAAAACAAAGAUGCUCAGCGCACAGGCGCCUGAUCUUACGCAACGUUAUUAUUGUUAUUUUGUGGGGGCCAUGGGGGAGCAAGGCCGAUUCAGAAGUUAGGGUGAAGGGAGCGAAGCCUCCUGAUUGUGUCUCUUCCGCGCAGGCCGCCGAAUCGGCUGCUUCUUCUGCUUCUUCUUCAAGUACUUCGUCAUCCUCGGACUCUUGCGACUCGUCCAGCGCAAGCAGAGAUGUGGAGCCUGAACCUGACGACCUGUUUUCAGAAGCAGACAGCUCUGAAGAGGAGGGCGAAGGUCAGGGAGAUGCCAUUGACAAGUUCCCCGACUUGAGGUCUGCCACCCGUCAGCUCAAGUAUGCAGGCUCCACCGUGCACUUUUGGACAGUUCCGCACUCUGACAAGGCCGAGGCCAUCACUGCAACUUCGAGCAGCAAGAAAGUGUUUGCUCGUGCGUUGAAGGAGGUGUAUGGCGACUCCUUGGCCCACUAUUGCAUUGUCACCGAAACCCACCCCAGUUCCCGACGUGGCUGGGAACGGAGGAUGCAUUGGCACGCCAUCCUGAAGCUCACCCGCCGUGUGAAAUGGAAGCUGCUUGCAGUUAAGUUGCGGGGGCGUGGCUUCUUCGGCCAUUUGGCUUUGCCGCAGCUGAACGCGGACUUCUGGCGUUGCCUCCGGUACCUUGUGGCCCCUUCGCUUCGCAAGGGCCAGGCGGAUCUGGACCCGGACCCGUACUUUUCGUCGCGAUUCCCAUUGACCGAGAUGGAAACACGCAUGAAGAAGUUCUUCCAAACAGCGUUUCGCCCAAGCGACAUGUACAACACCAUCAGAAGGCUAGGUGCCCGAAUUUCCUCGUACCAAGAUCUGGUGGCUUGGGCGCAGGAACAGCGGCGCCGUGGUGACCCCCGGUUUGAGCAGUUCAUGGCGCGUCAGGGGCCGAAAAUGCCUGCUUUGUUUGGCAGCUGGCAGGCCCUGAUGGCCAAACCCAUGUCUGACUACCUGCAGCGGGAGAAGCGAUUGCAGGUGUGGAACGCAGCAGUGCAGGCUCCCUGCGCUUGCCCUACGCCGCAGCGCUUGUCGCAAGCCUUGAGCUCUCUGAUGGACCAUCGCCAAAAAGACCGCACUGCGGCUAAGAACUGCAACGUGUUUCUUUACGGCGAGAGCAAUGCCGGAAAGACUGGGCUGACACGGCCACUGAUUCACAUCUUUGGCGAUCGGACUUUUCUCCGACCAAACCGUGGCGACACCUUUCCGUUGCAAGGACUGGAGCAACACCUUGUGGGGGUGUGGCAGGAUUGGAGGCUUGCGACCAGCCCCAUCCCAUGGGAUACCUUGCUGCUGUUGCUGGAGGGCGAAAGCGUGUCAGCAGCUGUGAAGGGCGGAGCUCCAGUAAUUGUGCACCAUCCUCCACCAUUCAUCAUCACCAGCCAGGGCAAAGUAGUGCCAAAGACGGCCAAGGGCGAGCCUGAUGAAGCAGAACGACUGGCCUUCAACAAUAGGUUUGGCUUGCGCUGGCACCUGCGCGUGCCAUUGCCCAGCAGCAUGCGGGACCCCAUGCUCAAGCUGUGCUAUGGUUGUAUUGGGUGUUAUGCCCGGUGGAUUGAGGAGCAUUGCGCAAGGUAUAUUGAGGAGAACGUCGGAGUUGAUGAUGAGGUACGGGCCAUGGAGAACGCCAUGGCUUGGGUGGCAAUGCCCGCACAAGUGAUGGAAGCCGUGAUCGAUGCUCCUGCUGCCAGGGAGCAUUCUCUGCCUGUCCCUUUCACUCCGCCUGGUCUGCCUCCACCUUCGCCAGAGCCAGUCGCCAACAUGGGGGAUGCAGAAGAUGAAGUUCUUCCAAGUGCGCCUUUCACUCCCCCUUACCCGCCUCCACCUUCGCCAGAGCCAGCGGGGUCUGCAGGGGAUGAAGCAAUUGCUCUUGCGUUUCAAGGUCCAGCGCGCGAGAACAAGGGUGAGGAAGUGGCCAUCCCGGCGCGGGCCUUUGGCAGUCACUCCUCUGAAGCGGAAGCAGCCGUCUGCGUAGGUAGGAUAGGGCGUGCCGGAUCUGAGGCAAGUACGCCCAAAUGGAAAAAAGUGCCGCAGUGGUUGGCCUGCGCGGGUCAGUUGCAACAUGGCGUCGUGGAGCGUGUCCAUGCUUUGCUGCCGUUGGCAGGUGUGAGGCAAGCUUCCACUGUAAAUGGAGUGCGGCGCCCAGCCAUGCUGUUGUUGUCACUGGCCUUGCUCCAAGCGUGUUCGGGUUUGACUGUGAGGCUUCUUGGUUUGAGGCGUUGCUUGGUUGUGGUGUUUACACGAGUGAUGAGCUUCGUAAUUAGUUGUUUUGGAAUUCCCUUUUUGUUGUGUGGCACUAGGGCCUGUUUCCUGUGA